AUUAUAAAGCACAAAAGAAUAUUGUUAGUUAAGGCCUUGUUUUACAUCGUAUACUAUUUAAUAUCUAUUUCUAUUGCAUCAUUUGCAUGUUAGAGUCUCUUUAAAUGAUAAUCGAAUCGAUCGCCCCGGAACAAACACAAUAUUUCGCACAUAAUAUAUAUAAUUAAGCUAAAAGCACAAGCAAAAACACUCCUUUAGCUCGAAUAAACGCUUAGCAAGCGUCUUGUUUAUGAUGGCAUUCGUUUACGCAAUUCAUACCCAUCGACUCGUGGGAUGUUGUUGGGAUCCACAAGAACAGUUCCUCCUUGGCAAAACUGUUCCUGUUUGGGUUUUUUAUUUCAUUUGCGUUGAUUUGUGGGACAUGCGUAUAGAAUUAAGCUCGUACUUGCUCGUUAUUUCCCCUGUUUACAAGAGCUAUGUUUAAUGAUACUUGUAAUGGUAGCGGAUUAUACAUGCGGUUACGCAUUUAUUAUAUCCCACUUGCGAUUUAUUAUAUCCGGUUGGGAUUUAUAGCGUAGCCAUUAUGUCGGAAAUGUUAGCUAUAAAUAACAAUUUUCUUUCGGAACCAUACAAGACUUAUAUAUAGGUCUAAAUAACGCCAGAACAAACACAAUCAAUGGUAAGUAACAAUAUAUUUUACAAACGGCGCCCCGAAGACCAUAACAUAGAUUCACUUGAAGAAACCGGACGCACUUGGAAAUUAUACUCUGGCUUACUUAUGCCUGGAUUUGUUUCUAUAACUACGAAUAAAUACGAAUAUAUUGCGAACUAACAAGAACAUCCUCCCGUCUAAGAUCCUCUUCUGGCUAAUUUCCCCCCUUGGAAUAAAAGCGCUGGUUCUUCAGCAAUUCACUCAAUUCACAUUUGGUUUGUUCUAAGCUUGGAGGAUCUCGCCUUUGAAAACUUGCAGUGACCAGAACCAUGAAAGGAUACCUGACCAUUUUUACCGUUUUGCUUGCUGUGGCCUCGUUAUUGUUGGUCGAUGCCGCACCUCAAGCUGAAGUACACUCGAGAGCGAAACGCGGUUUCAAAUCGUAUUUUGAGAAUUACCUGGAUGAAAUGGCGACAAGCGCUUGUGUUGCGAUGGGAAACACUGGAAGUCUGUACUUCGCAGUUCGUCGAACUUGUACUUCAUCUAACACACAAAAUUGUCAUAGUCUGUGUACUUCGCAUCAAGUCAGAAAGGAAGCCAAAAUCUGGAAUCCUAACAAGCUGCUUAAUUCAAAAUGUGUGGAAUCACUUCAUGUCUACAAGGGCCGUCCAUCGUUGGCUGACAAUAAGAACGCUGACACAGAUGUGAAUAAAGUUGGCUUUGUCGAAAAUGUUGCCUUCGCCAAUAUGUAAUCUUCGACACAAUCACAAGUUUUUAUAAUAUUUAUUUAAAUAACAGAAAAUCCCAAUCAGCGCACGGGCUGCUCACAUCACACUUUACUAUCACACACUCACUGCUUUAUAACUCCCCACACCCUCGUCUUAAAUCACAAUUAUGUUUCUGACGUCACGUGCAAUUGAAACCCUAUAUAACCCUAUAUUAAUAGCGCCAGUCUCCCACACACUCCCCCAUAUAGCUUGGAAUCAAGGUAUAUGUCACUAAUCGAGACUGGCUUAACUUUGUGCGAAAUCAGCAAAAU